UCCUUUACUAACUAACGGGGGUGUCCUCAAUUAGGAAUCCAUAGGAUUUUAAAAGAUUUGUAGAACCCGGGUGUCCUCAACGUAGAAUCUGCGGGAGUCUAACAAAAUCUGGUUGUCCUCAACAUAUCCAUGGAUUUUAUUAGACUUGGAUUGCUAAGGAUUUCCAUGGAUUUCAAUCGUAAAAUGUAAAGGAAAGAAUACCGUCCAAAAUCUUUACACUUUUCUUCGGAUUUCAAAGGAUUUCCCGUGAGAGUCACAAGGAACUCGCUGGCAACUGAAAUCGGAAGUCUGGAUGAGAGCUCGAACAUCGUCUGCCUUCCAUCCCUUUUAUAACUGCCUUCCUUCCCUUCUAUAACAGUCUUCCUUCCCUUCUUCCACUUCCUUUCUUUCUUCGACAGCACCAACCUUAUGGCGGCGAAGCAACAUCGACAAAUCAAGCGGACAAGAUCCGUGAGUCCAAACUUCUUCUUCCUCCUCACUUCAGAUCCGCCUUCUUCAUCCUCGAUAACUAGCAGGCAAGUACUUUCCCAACCUGCUGAACGAUUGGAGGUCCGAUUUCAAUCUUUGGGUGCUCUAACUCGACCACCGUCGCAAUAGCACAGUUCGCCGGUCUGUUUCCAGCCAAAUCGGCUCAUAAAAAUGUCGAAAAGAGAACUGAUGGUGAGCUUUGUGGAGUAGCAGGUCGUGUCUGGGAAGGUGAGGUGUGGAAGCUUUGUACGCACAUCCAUUACAAAAAGGAUAAAAGAAAGCAAGCAUCUAUUGUCAAUGGAAUCUGAUAGAAUUCCACAAAAUCUGGUGGAGUCUUUCUAAUUCUUUUAAAAUCCAUGGAAUUUAAUAUCCUAAAAAAUCCUUCAAAAUCUAGGUUGGUGGAGUAAAUGUCUAAACAUCUUCCCGUUUUCCCACUUUUAAUACACUUUUUAAUCUCACAAUGUACGGAGUCCAAAGAUUCCACCUUUGCUUUUUGGACUCCUGAUAUCUCUCCACUACAAAUGGUUUUAAUGUCUGUUCGGUGAAUUCUGUUUCCGGAUUAUCAACUUUAUUAACUAACUUUUUCACCAAAUAGGUAACUUUUGAUUUCACGAAUGAUAUAUUACUUUUAUUUCACAUAAUUGACUGAAUUGGCUGAAUUGCCUGAGCUGGGGCCAGGGGCCGGGGGCCAUUUCAGGCAGAUAUGAUUACGACCGUGGUCGGCUACUAGUUGGGCGCUAGGCUAAAUGAUGAAACUUCAAACGAUUCAGUAUUUUUUCAGUUUGGUCACCCGUAUAUGAAGAUGUUGGAGAAAGUAGUGCUUGAUGGACUCAUUAGCUUGGCUUUGAUGCAACUAGUUCAAUGUAGCAAGUGUACUGUGUUUUCUAUCAUAUAUACUCUUAUGAUUCAUCUUUGGUUCUUCAAAUAAAGUACUUACAGUAGUGGGGUUAAGAGAAGAGGAAGAUAGAUAAAAUGCAAAUGAUGGGGCUAAGAGAAGAGGAAGAUAGAGAGAAAACAAAUGGGGAUACUGCAAAUUUACACUUAAUGACUUCAACUUUCAACCCCAUGAAGAAAACCAUCUUUAUUUUCGUGGCUUAUGCACAUGUCAAAUGGACUUUGAGUGUGCCUUUUGACUAAACCAAAAUCAUUAGCUACACUAAAUAUAUGAGCACUUGGACCAUCUGCGUUUACUAUGUUUGUGCCUAUGGCAAAACCAAUAAUUCCUUUUGUAAUACUUGGUGUGGUUCAUUCUUGGUGCCAAGGCAGCAACUUAGUUUGUAUUGGUUGUUGUUUACAUGUGGCUCAACGAUCAAAUUGUUCUCAAGGUAUCUACAAGUAUAUGAGGCGCAGUGUGUGGUGGAGACGUGUAGUGAUACUCAAGUGUCCUUUGUAGUUCUGCCAUUAUGUUGUAGAAGAGAAGGAGAUAAAGUGUGCACAAGUUGGAUGGAUUUAAGAUUCAAAGUCGAAGAUAAUGAAAAAAAGACGUUAAAGCUGAGAUAACAAAUACCUCAUCAAGCUUCAAAGUGAAGAAAGUCAUAGCAUUUAAGUACUAAAUGAAAGGAUUUAUGAUGUCUAGUUUUGCUUAAUGUUCCAGUAUAGUUAUAAGUGUUAUUUAGGUAGUCAUUUGUUUUAGUCAUCUAUCAUUAUAUGUAUCCGCAUGGGAAUGUUAAUUUUUUAAUUGUGUUGUUUAGUUUUGGCAUAAAGU